GUUCAAUUGUGUUUGAAAAAGUCUCAGUCUUUUUUUUUUUUUUUUUUUUUUGUGUCAUUUUGGGGGGAAAUGAGCGGCGUUGGAGGACUGCCAGCCAGCUCCACGACCUCGUUCAAGCCGAGUAGCACUUCUCCCAUCAUUGGGAGUGCUGUGCCGAGUAGCAGCAGCAGCAGCAGCAGCAGCAGCACUGGGGCACAGAGCUCGACGCUGCCGUCCCAGCCACCAUCGCAGCCGCUGUCCGCGGACGACGCCGAUCCCCGGAGCCGCGAGCGCCGGCAGCUGCUUCAGCGCACCUCGGAUGCAUUGAAGCAGGUGCAGGUGCGGUUUGCAGGCAAGACGGAGAUCUCGACUGGCCAAGAGUCCCAAGUCUCGCUGCUCUGUGCCGCUCUCGAGGCCAUCUUUGCUCACGGACUGCGGCGAUCGUCCAACAAGAAGCUCGUUGAAUCCACGCUCAGACUGCUGCCACUUGCCAUCGUCAAGCCCGAGGCGAACGAGGGUGGAUGGUGGCUGUACCUUCGAGCUUGCCUCGAUCCGCGCGAACUCGAGCGAUGCUCAAAGUUGCCAAACAUCACGACAGACAUUGGUCGUGCACGCGCGUGGUUGCGCAUCGCUCUCAACGAGCACAUGCUGGACAAGUACUUUGGCAUCUUUGCCCGAAACCAGCGUCUGACCAUACAACACUAUGAAGACUAUGCCUUCCUCGCGGACGAAGAGCGCGUUGGGAUUGUCAAGAAUCUGCUCGUCGGGUUGAACUCGGUUGUGUUUGCGCUGCAAGCAGACGACCUGCAGCUCAACAAUGACACGACGACUGUUGUUGAGCAAUCAAGGACAAAUGCGAUUGCGGUCUCGAAUGCAUCGUCGACUGCAUCCGGUCCGGAUGUCCCUGCUGUCGUGCCCGCGGCUGUCUACAUGGUUGACGCGAACGCAGCGGCCAAGCCAAAAAAGAAGGCGAAAAAGAAGCGUGUCAUUGAUACUGUGGAAAGCGCCGCGCCGCCAGAAACGACACUGGCAGCACAUCCAGGAAUGACUGCUCUCAAGGUGGACGUAUCUGGAGCGGCGGUCUUGACCGACACUGACUCGGACGGAGAGUUGACAGAACUUCCAGCCACCACACUACGACCAACCAAACCGAGGCAAGAUAGCGUAACGGAGGCGGACACUCUCGAAAGGGCGUUUGCACACCUCGCUCCAAAAGCGCCUCCUGCUGAUCAACACGCAGGAUUUCAAAAGGGGCAUUCGCGCGCAGCGUCUGCUACCGUGCCUUCUUUGGUGUCGUCUGAACAUCCAGUCGCGACUCCUGCCACCAGCGAGGCCAAGCCCACCCCUGUAGCAGCGCCAGUUUCGUUGGAGGACGACUAUCAUGCCAGGCUGCUUGCUUCCUCUGCGAAGUGGGUUGGAGGCCAGUCCCAGCCGGCAGGAUCUGGAUCCGCUGCAACGAAAGCCUCCUCCCCUACACCUGCACCUGCACCUGCGCCCCCAAGCUCGGCACCUACUUUUUCUUCUGUGAACUUUCCUACAUCCACCUCUGGAGCUUCUCGUGCUACGACAUCCCCUUCGCCCUCCCCUGGACAGCCGCUUGCCGCUUCGUUGGAAGCGACUGCCCGUCCGCCGAAUGCUGCAGCGCCAACACCGGCAGCCUUUUCGGCUUCCGUGCUCACGACUGUUGCCUCGUCGCCAACCAUUCUCUCACCGACUACGUUCCCGACCGCGCGCACAAUGCCCAUGACCAUGUCCUCCAUUCCCUCAGCACCACCAGCCACUGCCUCAACCGGCACCGGGAUGAGCGCGUCAGAGUUGAAACUGGCCGUCCUUGCAAUGACCAGACGGAAGGACGAGCUUCAGGGUGAAAAUACUGCGCUGCACGCAAAAGUCGACGAACAGCAGGUGGAGAUUCGCGCGCUGGCGGAUGAGAAUGCAAAUCUCCGCCAGCAACUCUCCCACUAUCGAGAAUCAGUGCUGUCGCUGCAACAAGAGUGUGACGCCCUCAAAGGUUCCAUUGCCCAAGCAGCCAUUGAGCGUGAAAAUGCGGAAGCAGCACUCCUGCAUCCUGGGAAGGGAAUGAGCCAGUCGAGCUCCUCGUCGAGCCUGUCCAGCAUUCUGUCGGGCCGAACAGACAACGAUUCGUCAAUCUCGUCGUCAAACAAUUCCUCCAUCAUAGUGACUGGACCCAGGCCAGGAAGCACGACCUCCCACCGACGACAAGCAUCGGCACAGGACGGAACUGGAGACGCAGCCGUGAUUGCUCAGCAGGAACGCAAGUUGAUUCAACUCGCUCAAAUGAACCAAGAUCUGCUCGAGUUGAAUCAACGGCUCUACCAGCAAGCAAGCCGGACUCGAGAAUCCGACGGCGACGAUGCCUCCAUCUACUCGCGGCAGGUGGGAGGGCCGUACUCGCAAAAGCGUUCGGAAUCCAUUCUGUCCACCACGUCAACCCUCACCACGACCCCACAACUUGUGGCUGCGCGCUCAGCAAAUGCGUAUGCUGGUCAAGAGUCCUAUCGUCCAAGCGUAUCAACGGUUUCGAAGACCGAUUGGGUGUCUGACAGCGACGCGAAAGAGUGCGCCCUGUGUGAUCGAGGAUUUUCCUUCCAGCGGCGCAAGCAUCAUUGUCGCAGCUGCGGUGGCGUGUUUUGCGCACGUUGUGCCGACAAUUAUUUACCAAUGAGUCGACCAGGCUCAACCACCAAGACCGUGCGCGUGUGCGACACGUGUGCGCAGUCCAUCCUUGCCAAGCCGUGAUUUGUUUUGUUGUUCUUUUUUUUUUUUUUUCAACCUGGACGCAAAGACGCGAGAAUUGCCUCAACAGGUUUUGUGUACACUUCCAAUGUCAA